AUGCGGUCACCAAGUACACAAAUCCAACCAUAUAUAGUGGCGAGGAGCAAGCUAUAUCUCUACUUUAAGGAUUGUAUUGGGGCCUUAGAUGGGACACAUAUUCAUGCUUCUGUCCCAACAUAUGAAGUAGCAGCAUUUCGGGGAAGAAAACCUUAUCCAACACAAAAUGUUCUCACAGUUGUCGAUUUUGACUUGCGUUUCACUUACAUUCUUGCUGGUUGGGAAGGAUCAGCACAUGAUUCUCUAGUUCUUCGCGAUGCACUUGAGAGACCUAAUGGGUUAAAAGUCCCAGAAGGGAAGUAUUACGUGGUUGAUGCUGGAUACGCCACAAGACCUGGUUUUAUACCCCCUUAUAGGGGUGUAAGAUAUCACCUAAAGGAGUUUGGCUCUCGAACACCUGCUAAUUCUAAGGAGCUUUUUAAUUUGAGGCAUUCAUCUGCACGUACCUCCAUUGAGCGUGCAUUUGGUUCUUUAAAAGAUGGCUUUAUUCCCUCUGAGGAAGACUGGAUACCACAACAAACAUCACAAAACACCAUUAGGGAACAAAGAGAAGAGGCACAAGAAUGGGCUGCUCGUCGUGAUCAAAUUGCAGCUGAAAUAAUGGAAGGGUACAAUGUAGAAAUGGAUAGCCAAAAUUCAUCAGCUAAGAAGCCCACAACAGUGACAUCGGGACAUAAGAGGUGGACACCAACUAAAAGCCGUUAUUUUAUAAGAUUUAUGGCUAGUCAAGUUGAACAAGGACUGAAAGUUGAUAAAGGGUUUAAGCCACAAGCAAUUCAUGCCGUUAUUCGAGCCAUGAGAGAUACAUUUGGGGUGCCCGUUACAGAGGCUAAUGUGGGUAAUCAUCUCAGGACAAUACGGAGAAGGUGGGCAAGAAUUAAAAAAUUGAAAGAAAUGAGUGGCAUGUGUUGGGAUAACAACCUUAAAAUGAUUGUUAUGGGUGAGGCAGAGUAUAGAGAUUAUGUUAAGGUCCAUGCACAAGAUGAGUUAUAUUUGAACAAACCGAUAGAGGAUUAUGACCUAAUAGAAGCUAUAUGUGGCAAUGAUCAAGCCAAUGGUCGUCAUGCUAUUCAGUUUGAGAAUACUAUUGGUGUACAAAUGGAUUUCAACAUAGAGCAGGAAGAGUCUCACCAUAAUGAAAAUUAUGAUGAUGUGGCUUUUGGAGAGACAAAUGCACAAGGCAAUGCCUCACCAGGGACCCAAAAUCGAGGCAGUCCUUCUGAACCCAUGUCAGCAACAAGCCCACAACAAAAAAAGAAAGGAAAAGCAAAGCGUAAGGCAAACACUGAAGAUUAUGCAAUCUGUGAACUAGCCACUACAAUCAAAGAUGCAUUUGAGUCAGUUAAAUCUAGCCGGUCAUUGAGCUUUGCAAAAGAGCUUUCGACAAAAUGUAAAAAACUGCAAAAGUAUGGCUACUCCAUACGAUAA